UUUACGCACUGCAAUCCAAACCAAAUCCUGUGUGAAGUGGAAGUUUUUCUGAUUUCCACGUUUAGUAAUCUGACACCCAGACUCUGAGCAGAAGGAUGGACCCUUAACUCGGCUGGGAGGACGGAAGGAAGGAGCAGUCAUCCAGCGAGCAGGAGCAAGCAGAAGCGAAACGCUGUACGCAAAAAAACAGCCCCGUGGCUCCAGCAGCGGAGAAGAUCUGGGUGCCAGCGCGUCUCCAGUUAACUGUCCGUCUCACUCAAAUGAUCUCAAAGCGACAAGUUUCACUUUCCGCAUGCGAAUGGGUGACUUUCCGCAGCGCUUUGUGAGGAGAAGAGGAUGAAGAAUUUCAACAGCAGUGCCCUUCACAGCCAUAGCCAGUCUACCAACCACAUUAGAGAGCGAAACAGCAGAAAGUACAGCUUACUCUCUGUUUUACCGUUGCGAUUUUCUCUCCGAGGUUAUGGGGUCUGCAUGGCUACGCUGUUUCUCUUCUGUUUCGGCUCCCUAUUUUACCAGCUGAACGGAGGACCUCCUAAAAUCCUGCUAGACAUCAGACAGUAUCUCGGUGGAUCCACGUAUCUGGAUGAUCACGGACAGCCUGCUCCAAGAGUACUCCCGUUCCCAAGCCAGGUGAUCUAUAAUCGUGUGGGAAAGUGCGGCAGCCGGACGGUGGUCAUCUUACUGAGGUUACUCGCUGAGAAACACCAGUUCAACCUGGUCUCCUCUGACAUCCACAACAAAACACGGCUCACUAAGCAUGAACAGGUGGAUCUAAUGAAAAAUAUCAGCAGUAUUCCUCAGCCAUUCCUUUAUACCAGACAUGUUCACUUCAUCAACUUUACAAGGUUCAAGAUAGAGCAGCCUGUGUAUAUCAACAUAAUCCGGGAUCCCAUCAAUCGCUUCCUCUCCAACUAUUUCUUCCGUCGCUUUGGUGACUGGAGGGGCGAGCAGAACCACCUAAUCCGAACUCCAGGGAUGAAAGAUGACGAGAGAUACCUGGACAUCAAUGUUUGCAUCCUAGAGAAUUACCCUGAGUGCUCCAACCCAAGGGUUUUCUACAUCAUCCCCUACUUCUGUGGACAGCAUCCUCAGUGCAGAGAGCCAGGAGUAUGGGCUUUGGAGAGGGCCAAACAGAAUGUGCUGGAGAACUACCUCCUUGUGGGGAUAUUGGAAGAGCUGGAGGACGUUCUGCUCCUGCUAGAGAGGCUCUUACCUCAUUACUUUACUGGAGUACUCAACAUCUACAAGAGCCCUGAUUAUAGGAAAAUGGGAAACAUGACGGGCACUGUGCGUAAACAAACCCCCACUUUAGAGGCCCUGCAGGUGCUGUAUCACCGCAUGCGCUAUGAGUACGAGUUUUACAACUUCGUCCGUGACCAGUUCCACCUCACGAAGAAAAAAAUCGGCCUGAAGUCUGUUUCCAAACCCCCCGCCUAUUCAAAUGAUUUCCUGCGGCAACUGGCCCUUCGAACCCCAGAGCCUCUGGAUGAAGACGAGGAACUGGAAACGGAUCUGGAGGAUGCAAAUAGCUGGCUGGUUCAUCCCUAAGGGAUGCUCGAUGAACAUUAGACGCAGCCACGUAACGGCUGCUUAGCUAGGACUGGCUAAAGAAAACUGUACCCUGAGGACAAAGGGGAGGAGUUUCAAUCUUUCAGCGUCACCCAGAGAAUUGAGGUGCAACUCCCAACCUGACGGGCUCAGCACUGAAGACUGUAGAGUUGAGAAACUGGAUGGACAAAAUGCUCUAUUUAUAAAUUGACCAAGGGCAAUGGGAAAUAAUAUUCAACUCAAUCUGCUUGACUCAAGUUUUCCUUUUUAUAAUUUGGGCUUCUUUUUGGGUUCGUUUAAAAACCGUACUGUCGCUGUCAUCUCCAGGGAGAGAUUAGUGCAAGAUCUGGACAGCUAACUGUGAUUGGAAAUGUGCUAAAUGUUAUCGCCAGGUUGUUUACUAUAGGAGAGGAAUUAAAGGCAUUUCCCAAGACAGAUUACUACUUUAUGAGAGGUUUGAUGUCCUGAAAGAUGGAUGUUGUUGUGAAUUUUAAAAAGUGCCAUAAGCCUUUUAGGUAUAUUAGUCUUCCAGGACUGUUGUCAGACCUUAUUAAGGGUUCUGGGAUUUGUGUGGCAGAAAGUUCUGUGCACAGCUGGCAGAGUUGUGACAUAGUCAGUUCAUUUGUUUUAGUAUUGGUUUAUAACAUUUUGUGUAAUUUUGUGUAAUUUGUUAAAUACUAUUAGGUGUAAAUGAGGGUUAAACUGCGAGCACUCAAGUAUGAAUUCAGAGAAUUCCAAAAGUGUGCAUGAAUGAUUGAGUUUGACCAAACAAGCUGUGUAUUUUAGCAAAGAUUUAUUAUUUGGGACAGGCUAUAUGUUGAUACUGUAGAGUGAGUUAAAAGCCUUUAUGAAGCCUAAUUUGUAUUCCAAAGUUUAAAAGAUUGAGCUUGCCAAAUAGCAGUUUUUUUUGCAAAACUGUAUGAAUACACUGCACUUUGUGUUAGGUGACAUUUCCUUAACAUCUGCAGCAAAAUGAGGGAUUUGGUCACAACUGAAUGCUGAUUUGCCUGUCAUUUCAACUCAGAUUAUUUGCUGUUUAAGGGUUUUCUGUAUAUUAAUGUUAUCAUCAAAGUGUGUGAAGUGUUACCAAGCCCAGUUAAUACUUAUUUCUAAUUAUCCAGCAGCUCCACAGUGCUUUUUCAUCACAGAUGUUUAAAAAAAACAAUUAACCAUAAGCUAUUACGUGACUAGACAUUUCACUCUACCAUCUUAAUCUCUGUUCUGCGUAUCUUCAUCAUUAUGUUCCGUGUUUUGUUUUUUGCUAGUUUUAUUUAUUGUUUUCUAUUCAUUUGCAUUCCAUAUAAAAUUCUCAGGAAGAUAAAAAAAAACAAUGUUUAACGCUCACAUUUUUUUUGUUGUUGUUUAUGCUGGUGGCUAUAAAACAAUUUUCGGCAUUUAAGGGUGUCUAGAAUGAAAAAUGGACAAUGAAUGAACAACUAACAAAGACCGUCAAUAAAUGUCCUCUUACUAUUGCAGCUAUUGCCCCUG